AUCACAUCGCAACGCAACGCAGGUCGCCGGCCCCCCAACGCGGCCCCACUCGGCGCGCUCCCAUAACACUUGCCGUGGCACUCACCUGGCCGGCAUUUGUUCGCUCGCAGAUUCCGUAUUGCCUGCUCCCCUCCUCCUCUCGUGUCGUCUUCCUCUCCACUCCCCAGCUGAUCCAGGGAGUGAAGGGUGCUCUGCCGCCAUGAAGGUCAUUGACAAGAUCAACAAUGGCCUCGCCGGAGGCAAUGUGGUGUUCUCCUUCGAGUUUUUCCCUCCGAAGACCGAGGAAGGAGUCGAGAAUCUGUUCGACCGAAUGGAUCGCAUGGUCAUGCACCAGCCUGCGUUUUGUGACAUCACCUGGGGAGCUGGAGGGUCGACCUCCGCUGUCACCCUCGACAUUGCCAACAAGAUGCAGAACAUGAUUUGUGUCGAAACCAUGAUGCAUCUUACCUGCACCAACAUGCUGGUGGAGACGCUCGAUGGUGCGCUUGACAGCGUCAAAUCUAAUGGGAUUCAGAACAUUCUUGCUCUGCGUGGUGAUCCACCACACGGCCAGGACAAAUUCGUAACCAUCGAAGGAGGGUUUUCCUGCGCAUUAGAUCUGGUGAGACACAUCCGAGCCAAGUACGGUGAUUAUUUUGGAAUUACCGUCGCUGGAUACCCUGAGGCUCAUCCUGAGGUGAUCGGCGAAGACGGAGUUGCAAGCGAGGAGGCGUACCAGAAGGACCUGGCUUAUCUGAAAGAAAAGUGUGACGCAGGUGGAGAAGUCAUUAUCACCCAGCUGUUUUAUGAUACCGAUAUCUUUUUGAAAUUUGUGAAUGAUUGUCGUCAAAUUGGUAUCAAGGUGCCCAUUGUACCUGGUAUCAUGCCCAUUCAAAAUUACAAGGGCUUUCUCCGCAUGACCACCUUGUGCAAGACCAAGGUGCCAGCUGAAAUCAUGGCUGCACUAGAACCUAUCAAAGACAACGACGAAGCAGUGAGAGCGUAUGGGAUCCACCUAGGCACAGAAAUGUGCAAGAAGAUCCUGGCGCAUGACAUCAGGACAUUGCACUUGUACUCCUUGAAUUUGGAGAAAUCAGUUCUUGGCAUUUUACAGAACCUGGGGUUGAUCGACUUCAGCAGGGUUUCUCGUCCUCUACCGUGGAGGCCUCCAACUAACAGCAAGCGUACAAAGGAGGACGUGCGUCCUAUUUUCUGGGCCAACCGACCUAGAAGCUACAUUUCACGAACCACCAGCUGGGACGAUUUUCCUCGUGGAAGGUGGGGAGAUACCGCCAACCCUGCUUACGGCAGCUUCAGCGAUCAUCAGUUCACCAGGAAGAAGACCCGUAGCAAGAAGUUGCAGAAGGAAUGGGCGGUGCCCUUGAACUCAUCUGAAGAUGUGAAUGCGAUUUUUGCGAAGUAUUGCCAAGGAACUCUGAGCACGCACCCAUGGUCGGAGUUGGAGGGACUGCAGCCGGAGACCGUGCAGAUUAAUGAGAAGCUCGUUGCUCUUAAUCAGGGAGGGUUCUUGACGAUCAACAGUCAGCCUGCGGUCAAUGGCGAAAAGUCGGAUUCCCCGAGCGUGGGAUGGGGAGGUCCAGGUGGUUAUGUCUACCAGAAGGCAUAUGUUGAAUUUUUCUGUUCACCUGAGAAGCUUCAAGCCGUCAUUGAGAAGGCAAAGACGAGUCCAUCCUUGACUUACAUUGCAGUGAAUGCCAAGGGAGAGACCAAGUCCAACGUCGGUCCUACCAGUGUGAAUGCUGUCACAUGGGGCGUUUUCCCUGCCAAGGAAGUGAUUCAACCAACAGUAGUUGAUCCAGUGAGUUUCAUGGUAUGGAAGGACGAGGCCUUCCAAGCUUGGGAUCAAGAAUGGGCUUCGCUUUACCCUGAAGAUGAUGCCUCACGCAAGAUUCUCUCUGAGAUCAAGAGCUCAUACUUCCUGGUCAGCAUGGUGGACAACGACUACAUUAACGGCGAUCUUUUCUCUGUCUUUGCCUGAAUGAAACUUGAACACCAAUCUACACAUGUGGGAUGAUGUGUAGAAAAUAUCAUUUCUGUGUCUGGUUGGAACACUGCAUGUCAGACGCCUGAAGUAGGUGAAAAAUGGAUUGAGAGAAAGGAUAUCUGAAAUUCAUGAUAUUUUAGUUUGAACUAGACAAGUGCAAUUUGCUUCUGCACUUAGUUCUCUAGAUGAGCUCAUGUCUAAAUUUAAAAUUGGAAGUAACUGUUCUUUUAUCUAAAAUGUUGUAACAAUCAAUCUAUUCAGUAGUCAUUACCGGCAGUGCCAUUUGUUUUCAUGAUUUUUAAACAGGAUAUAUUUUUGAACA